UCCUUUUUUUAAUAACCGUUUUGCACUUUCACUUUUAUUUUACGCUCGACGGAGAAAAUAAACUGAACUGAAGCGACUUGCUGCAUUUAAUCAAAAUACCUUUGGGAUAUUUACUGCAGUCUACCCGCUGUCAUGACUGCCGUUACCUCGAGCCUGUCUGAAGAUCAGCAGAAGAAGCUGCUCUCUCUCCUGGGUCAUGUCCGACUACACCUGCUCUACAAAGCCAGUGUCCACGGGUUCGCUGCUUUGGCUUUUCACAACCGCUGUGACAGGCAGGGGCCCACUGUCAUCGUUGCCUACAAUGACGCCGGGUUUGUCUUUGGAGCCUACACCUCUCAGGACUACAGCCAGAGUGGACAGGAAGUCCACGAUGGAGGGGCCUUCCUCUACAGCAUCAGCUCAGGAGGAAACAAACCGCUGAAGGUGGCGGGUAUCACCGGGCAGUGCGCUUUCACAGACGGCGCCGCUGGUCCAAAUUAUGAUGCCUUGGUGUUCCUGGAUGCUGACGGUGCUAAGAUCCAGUCCAACCCGGGGAAAAGCUUCACCUUUAAGGCUGCAGAGAUGCAUGGAGAGGACCUGGCCCUGAAUGAGUUUGAAGUGUAUCGAGUUGAAGGCUUGGGAGAUCUCCUGGCCAAACCCUGGAGGAACAUUCGAUGGACUGCGGAGAGAAAGGAGCAGUUGAUGAAGGCCAUUCUGAGCUACGAGCCUGACAUUAAAACCGUCCAACAGGCCCGAGUGUUGUUGGUGGGGCCCAUCGGCGCCGGCAAGUCGACCUUCUUCAACUCAAUCAACUCAGUUUUUCGAGGCAACAUGACGUGCCAGGCCAUCGCUGGUACAGCGGGGAGGAGUGUGACCACUCAGUUUCGCACCUACACCAUCAAGGCAGGGAAACGUGGUGAAGCUGUUCCUCUGAUCCUGUGUGACACAAUGGGACUGGAGGAAAAUGCUGACACUGGUGUGAACAUUGAGGACUUGCUCAACAUCCUCAGAGGUCACAUAAAGGAUCGCUACCAGCUGAAUCCCUUAACUCCGCUCCAGGUGGACUCUCGUGGCUUCAAGCAGCAAGUGACACUGAAUGAUGUUAUUCACUGUUUGGUCUAUGUGGUUGACACCUGCAAGAUCUCCCUCCUCUCCCAAAAAAUGCUGGACAAAUUUGCUACCAUCCGGAAAAAGGCAAACGCCAUGGGAAUUCCUCAGAUUCUGCUGAUGACUAAAGUAGACGAGGCCUGUCCGCUGGUGGCAGGAGACUUGAAGAAUGUUUAUCGCAGUGUUUACCUCCAGAGGAAGGCCCGGGAGAUGAGCGAGUCUUUUGGCAUCCCCUUGUCCUGUGUGCUGCUGGUAAAGAGCUACAGCGAGGAGCUGGAGCUGGACGAGGAUGUUAACAUACUGCUGUUGACGGCGGUGGAGCAGAUGCUCAACUACUCAGACAGCUUCUUCGAGAACCAAGUUGUUGACCACGCAAAGACAGAUCAGCCGGAGCUCUACAGAUUCACGGAUUGAUUCCGUCCAGAUCUGUCAGAACAAACCAAACUUCACAUCUGAAAGAUAGAAUCACGAUUUCACCAUAAUGAGUUGGUAGUUCAAAUACCUAACAUUAAAAGAUAUGUGUGGUUUGUUAAACGUCUAUCCCUUGACAUGCGUAGUAUAACAACAAGUCAAGACCACUGAAUAUGUUCAUACUUUCUGCUGUGGUUUGGAUUAGUUUGCAGUUAUAUCAAGUUUAGUUUAAAUGUUUACGGAUUUUUUGCCUGUUCCCUGUCCACUUUGUCACAAAAGCAUAGCAGUUAUCUUUGAUUUAAAAAAAAAAAAUCACAAAAUGAAAACAAAUGGAUAAAGGUCUUUGUCUACACAAAUGUUUUACUUGAACUGUAACUGACAUGAAACUAUGGUGAUUUUCCAAUAGUUUCCCUGAGUCUGUCACAAUUUAAUAAACUUGUCCAAUUAUACAAAGGACAAGGUGCUCAUGUUUCUUUACUGCUUUUGCACAGCUCAAUGUACUCACGUUUACGUUUAUCAAUAAAUUUUCCUUUGGACAUCA